AUGCGACCUUACUCUUUUUUGCAGUAUACAUUAUGCGACCUUUACUCUUUUUGCAGUAUACAUUAUGCGACCUUUACUCUUUUUUUGCAGUAUACAUUGCGCGACCAUUACCCUUUUUUGCACUCUUUUUUUUGCAGUAUACAUUGUACGACCAUUACCCUUUUUUGCAGUAUACAUUAUGCGACCAUUACCCUUUUUUGCAGUAUAUUAUGCGACCUUUACUCUUUUUUUGCAGUAUACAUUAUGCGACCAUUACCCUUUUUUGCAGUAUACAUUAUCGACCUUUACUCUUUUUUUGCAGUAUACAUUGUCGACCUUUACUCUUUUUUUGCAGUAUACAUUAUCGCGACCAUUACUCUUUUUUGCAGUAUACAUUGUCACGACCUUUACCUUUUUGCAGUAUACAUUAUCGACCAUUACCCUUUUUUUGCAGUAUACAUUAUGCGACCUUUACCCUUUUUUUUUGCAGUAUACAUUAUGCGACCUUUACUCUUUUUUACGGUAUACAUUAUGCGACCUUUUUUUUUUUGCAGUAUACAUUAUCACGACCUUUUUUUUUUGCAGUAUACAUUGUCACGACCAUUACCCUUUUUUUUUGCAGUAUACAUUAUCGACCAUUACCCUUUUUUUUGCAGUAUACAUUAUGCGACCAUUACCCUUUUUUGCAGUAUACAUUAUGCGACCUUUACUCUUUUUUGCAGUAUACAUUGUCGACCAUUAUCUUUUUUUUUUGCAGUAUACAUUAUCGACCUUUACUCUUUUUUUUGUAUACAUUAUCGACCUUUACUCUUUUUUGCAGUAUACAUUAUGCGACCUUUACCCUUUUUGCAUUAUACAUUAUACGACCAUUACUUUUUUUUUUUGUAUACAUUGUCGACCAUUACCCUUUUUUUGCAGUAUACAUUAUCGACCUUUACCCUUUUUGCAGUAUACAUUAUCGCGACCUUUACUCUUUUUUUGCAGUAUACAUUAUACGACCUUUACUCUUUUUUUGCAUAUACAUUAUGCGACCUUUACUCUUUUUUUGCAGUAUACAUUAUCGACCUUUCUUUUUGCGGUAUACAUUAUGCGACCUUUACUCUUUUUGCAGUAUACAUUAUGCGACCAUUACCCUUUUUUUGCAGUAUACAUUAUGCGACCAUUACCCUUUUUUUUGCAUAUACAUUAUGCGACCAUUACCCUUUUUUGCAGUAUACAUUGUGCGACCUUUACUCUUUUUUGCAGUAUACGUUAUACGACCUUUACCAUUUUGCAGUAUACACCUUUACUCUUUUUUUGCGUAUACGUUAUGCGACCAUUACUCUUUUUUUUGCAGUAUACAUUAUCGACCUUUACUCUUUUUUUGCAGUAUACAUUAUGCGACCUUUACUCUUUUUUGCAGUAUACAUUAUCGACCAUUACCCUUUUUUUGCAGUAUACAUUAUGCGACCUUUACCUUUUUUUGCAGUAUACAUUAUGCGACCUUUACCCUUUUUGCGGUAUACAUUAUGCGACCUUUACUCUUUUUUGCAGUAUACAUUAUGCGACCUUUACUCUUUUUUUUGCAGUAUACAUUAUCGACCAUUACCUUUUUUUGCAGUAUACAUUUAUCACGACCAUUACCCUUUUUGCAGUAUACAUUAUGCGACCAUUACCCUUUUUUUGCAGUAUACAUUAUCGACCUUUACUCUUUUUUUUUGCAUACAUUAUGUGACCUUUACUUUUUUUUGCAGUAUACAUUAUGCGACCAUUACCCUUUUUUGCAGUAUACAUUAUGCGACCAUUACCCUUUUUUUGCAGUAUACAUUAUGCGACCAUUACCCUUUUUUUUGCAGUAUACAUUAUUUUUUUGGUAGUUUACCUUUUUUGCAGUAUACAUUAUGCGACCAUUACCCUUUUUUUGCAGUAUACAUUAUGCGACCAUUACCCUUUUUUGCAGUAUACAUUAUGCGACCAUUACCCUUUUUUGCAGUAUACAUUAUGCGACCUUUACUCUUUUUUUUUGCAGUAUACAUUAUGCGACCUUUACUCUUUUUUGCAGUAUACAUUAUCGACCUUUACUCUUUUUUUGCAGUAUACAUUAUGCGACCAUUACCUUUUUUUGCAGUAUACAUUAUGCGACCUUUUACUCUUUUUUUUGGUAUACAUUAUGCGACCAUUACCCUUUUUUUUUUGCAGUAUACAUUAUGCACGACCUUUAUUCUUUUUUGCAUAUACAUUGUGCGACCAUUACUCUUUUGCAGUAUACGUUAUGCGACCAUUACCCUUUUUUUGCAGUAUACAUUAUGCGACCAACUACUCUUUUUUUGCAGUAUACAUUAUGCGACCUUUACUCUUUUUUUUUGCAGUAUACAUUAUGCGACCUUUACUCUUUUUUUCAGUAUACAUAUACAUUAUCUUUUUUGCAGCAUACAUUACCUUCUCUUUUUUUUGCAGUAUACAUUAUGCGACCAUUACCCUUUUUUUUGCAGUAUACAUUAUGCGACCAUUACCCUUUUUUUUUUUUGCAGUAUACAUUAUGCGACCAUUACUCUUUUUUUUUUGCAUACAUUAUGCGACCUUUACUCUUUUUGCAGUAUACAUUAUGCGACCAUUACCCUUUUUUUUUUGCAGUAUAUGUUAUACAUUGCAGUAUACAUUAUCGACCUUUACUCUUUUUUUUGUAUACAUUAUGCGACCUUCUCUUUUUUUGCAGUAUACAUUAACCGACCUUUACUCUUUUGCAGUAUACAUUAUAGCGACCUUUACUCUUUUUUUGCAUAUACAUUAUGCGACAUUUACUCUUUUUUUUGCAGUAUACAUUAUGCGACCUUUACUCUUUUUUUGCAGUAUACAUUAUGCGACCAUUACCCUUUUUUUUGCAGUAUACAUUAUGCGACCAUUACCCUUUUUUUGCAGUAUACAUUAUGCGACCAUUACCCUUUUUUUUUUGCAUUAUGCGACCUUUACUCUUUUUUGCAGUAUACAUUAUGCGACCUUUUCUUUUUUUGCAGUAUACAUUAUGCGACCAUUACCCUUUUUUUUGCAGUAUACGUUAUACGACCAUUACCUUUUUUGCAGUAUACAUUAUGCGACCUUUACUCUUUUUUUGCAGUAUACAUUAUGCGACCUUUACUCUUUUUUUUGUAUACAUUAUGCGACCUUUACUCUUUUUUGCAGUAUACAUUAUGCGACCUUUACUCUUUUUUGCAGUACAUUAUGGAGCCUUUAUCGUAUACAUUACCGACCAUUACUUUUUUGCAGUAUACAUUAUUCACGACCUUUACUCUUUUUUUUGCAGUAUACAUUAUCACGACCUUUACUCUUUUUUGCAGUAUGCAUUAUGCGACCAUUACCCUUUUUUUUGCAGUAUACAUUAUGCGACCAUUACCCUUUUUUGCAGUAUACAUUAUGCGACCAUUACCUUUUUUUGCGUAUACAUUAUGCGACCUUUACUCUUUUUUUGCAGUAUACAUUAUACGACCUUUACUCUUUUUUGCAGUAUACAUUAUGCGACCUACCCUUUUUUUGCGGUAUACAUUGCGACCAUUACCCUUUUUUGCGGUAUACAUUAUGCGACCUUUACCCUUUUUUGCAGUAUACAUUGUCGACCUUUACUCUAUUUUUUUUUUGCAGUAUACAUUAUCGACCUUUACUCUUUUUUGCAGUAUACAUUAUGCGACCUUUACCCUUUUUUUUUUGCAGUAUACAUUAUGCGACCAUUACCUUUUUGCAGUAUACAUUAAUGCGACCUUUACCUUUUUUGCAGUAUUUAUGCGACCUUUACUCUUUUUUGCAGUAUACAUUAUGCGACCAUUACCCUUUUUUGCAGUAUACAUUAUCACCUUUACUUUUUUUGCAGUAUACAUUAUGCGACCAUUACCCUUUUUUUUUGCAGUAUACGUUAUGCGACCAUUACCCUUUUUUGCAGUAUACAUUGCGCGUUACCCUUUUUUUUGCGACCUUUACUUCCUCUUUUUUGCAGUAUACAUUGUCGUUAUUUACUCUUUUUUUUGCAGUAUACGUUAUGCGACCAUUACCCUUUUUUUGCAGUAUACAUUAUGCGACCAUUACCCUUUUUUUUUGCAGUAUACAUUAUGCGACCAUUACCCUUUUUUUUGCAGUAUACAUUAUGCGACCAUUACCUUUUUUUGCAGUAUACAUUGUCGACCUUUACUCUUUUUGCAGUAUACAUUAUGCGACCAUUACCCUUUUUUUGCAGUAUACAUUAUGCGACCAUUACCUUUUUUUGCAGUAUACAUUAUCGACCUUUACUCUUUUUGCAGUAUACAUUAUGCGACCAUUACCCUUUUUUGCAGUAUACAUUAUGCGACCUUUACCCUUUUUUUGCAGUAUACAUUAUGCGACCAUUUUACCCUUUUUUUUUGCAGUAUACAUUAUAUGACCUUUACCCUUUUUUGCAGUAUACAUUAUGCGACCUUUACUCUUUUUUUUGCAGUAUACAUUAUCGACCUUUACUCUUUUUUUUUGCAGUAUACAUUAUCGACCAUUACCCUUUUUUGCAGUAUACAUUAUGCGACCUUUACUCUUUUUUGCAGUAUACAUUAUCGACCAUUACCCUUUUUUUGCAGUAUACAUUAUCACGACCAUUACUCUUUUUUGCAGUAUACAUUAUGCGACCAUUACCCUUUUUUGCAGUAUACAUUAUGCCUUUACUCUUUUUUGCAGUAUACAUUAUGCGACCUUUACUCUUUUUGCAGUAUACAUUAUCGACCAUUUACUCUUUUUUGCAGUAUACGUUAUACGACCUUUACUCUUUUUUUUGCAGUAUACAUUAUGCGACCUUUACUCUUUUUUUUGCAGUAUACAUUAUGCGACCUUUACCCUUUUUUGCAGUAUACAUUAUCGACCUUUACCCUUUUUUGCAGUAUACAUUAUCGACCAUUACUCUUUUUUUUGCAGUAUACAUUAUGCGACCUUUACUCUUUUUUUUGCAGUAUACAUUAUGCGACCUUUACUCUUUUUUUGCAGUAUACAUUAUGCGACCAUUACCCUUUUUUUGCAGUAUACAUUAUGCGACCUUUACUCUUUUUUUUGCAGUAUACAUUAUGCGACCAUUACUCUUUUUUUUUAUACAUUAUCGUAUAUUAUUACAUUUUUUUUUUUUGGUGCGACCAUUACCCUUUUUUUUUGCAGUAUACAUUAUGCGACCUUUACUCUUUUUUUGCAUAUACAUUAUCGACCUUCUCUUUUUUUUGCAGUAUACAUUAUGCGACCUUUUUUUUUUUUGCAGUAUACAUUAUCGACCAUUACCCUUUUUUUUUGCAGUAUACAUUAUGCGACCAUUACCCUUUUUUGCGCAGUAUACAUUAUCGACCAUUACUCUUUUUUUGCAGUAUACAUUAUGUAUUUACUCUUUUUUUUGCAGUAUACAUUAUGCGACCAUUACCCUUUUUUACCAGUAUACAUUAUACGACCUUUACCCUUUUUUUGCAGUGUACAUUAUGCGACCAUUACUCUUUUUGCAGUAUACAUUAUGCGACCAUUACCCUUUUUUUUUGCGGUAUACAUUAUUUUACCUUUACCCUUUUUUUUUGCAGUAUACAUUUUCACGACCUUCUCUUUUUGCAGUAUACAUUAUUGUCCCCUUUUUUGCGAUACAUGUCUCUCUCUUUUUUUGCAUACUCUUUUUUUACAUUAUGCGACCUUUACUCUUUUUUUUUUUAUACAUUAUCGACCAUUACCCUUUUUUGCAGUAUACAUUAUGCGACCAUUUACUUUUUUUUCAGUAUACAUUAUGCGACCUUUACUCUUUUUUUUUUUAUACAUUAUGCGACCUUUACUCUUUUUUUGCAGUAUACAUUAUGCGACCUUUACUCUUUUUUGCAGUAUACAUUGUGCGACCUUUACUCUUUUUUUGCAGCUAUUUAUGCGACCUUUAUACAUUAUGCGACCAUUACUCUUUUUUUUUAUACAUUAUCGACCUUUACCUUUUUUUGCAGUAUACAUUAUGCGACCUUUACUUUUUUUUUUAUACAUUAUCGACCUUUACUCUUUUUUUGCAGUAUACAUUAUGCGACCAUUACCCUUUUUUUUGCAGUAUACAUUAUGCGACCAUUACCCUUUUUUUUGCAGUAUACAUUAUGCGACCAUUACCCUUUUUUUGCAGUAUACAUUAUGCGACCUUUACCCUUUUUUUGCAGUAUACAUUAUGCGACCUUUACUCUUUUUUUUGCAGUAUACAUUAUGCGACCAUUACCCUUUUUUUGCAGUAUACAUUAUGCGACCAUUACCCUUUUUUUGCAGUAUACAUUAUGCGACCAUUACCCUUUUUGCAGUAUACAUUAUGCGACCAUUACCUUUUUUGCAGUAUACAUUAUGCGACCUUUACUUUUUUUUGCAGUAUACAUUAUCGACCAUUACCCUUUUUUGCAGUAUACAUUAUGCGACCAUUACCCUUUUUUGCAGUAUACAUUAUGCGACCAUUACUCUUUUUUUGCAGUAUACAUUAUGCGACCUUUACUCUUUUUUGCAGUAUAUACAUUAUGCGACCAUUACCCUUUUUUUGCAGUAUACAUUAUGCGACCAUUACCCUUUUUGCAGUAUACAUUAUGCGACCAUUACCUUUUUUGCAGUAUACAUUAUGCGACCACCUUUUUUUUGCAGUAUACUCUUUUUGCAGUAUACAUUAUGCGACCUUCUCUUUUUUUGCAGUAUACAUUAUGCGACCUUUACUCUUUUUUUGCAGUAUACAUUAUGCGACCAUUACCCUUUUUUUUUGCAGUAUACAUUAUGCGACCUUUACUCUUUUUUUUGCAGUAUACAUUAUGCGACCUUUACCUUUUUUUUUUGCAGUAUACAUUAUGCGACCUUUACUCUUUUUUUGCAGUAUACAUUAUGCGACCUUUACUCUUUUUUUGCAGUAUACAUUAUGCGACCUUUACCCUUUUUUGCAGUAUACAUUAUACGACCAUUACCCUUUUUUUUUGCAGUAUACAUUGUCGACCAUUACCCUUUUUUUGCAGUAUACAUUAUGCGACCAUUACCCUUUUUUGCAGUAUACAUUAUGCGACCUUUACUCUUUUUGCAGUAUACAUUAUGCGACCUUUACUCUUUUUUUUGCAGUAUACACCAUUACCCUUUUUUUUUUGCCUAUUACCCCUUUUUUUUGCAGUAUACAUUAUGCGACCAUUACCCUUUUUUUGCAGUAUACAUUAUGCGACCAUUACCCUUUUUUUGCAGUAUACAUUAUGCGACCUUUACUCUUUUUUUGCAGUAUACAUUAUGCGACCAUUACUCUUUUUUUUGCAGUACAUUAUGCGACCAUUACCCUUUUUUUGCGGUAUACAUUGUCGACCAUUACCUUUUUUUUGCAGUAUACAUUAUGCGACCAUUACCUUUUUUUGCAGUAUACAUUUUGCGACCUUUACUCUUUUUUUGCAGUAUACAUUAUGCGACCAUUACUCUUUUUUGCAGUUACAUUAUCGACCUUUACUCUUUUUUUUGAUACGUUAUUUUUUUUGCAGCAGUACCCUUUUUUUUUUGCAGUAUACAUUAUGCGACCAUUACUCUUUUUUGCAGUAUACAUUAUGCGACCUUUACUCUUUUUUUUGCAGUAUACAUUAUGCGACCUUUUUCUUUUUUGCAGUAUACAUUAUGCGACCUUUACUUUUUUUUUUUUGCAGUAUACAUUAUUAUGCGACCAUUACCCUUUUUUGCAGUAUACAUUAUCACGACCUUUACUCUUUUUUGCAGUAUACAUUGUCGACCGACCAUUACUCUUUUUUUGCAGUAUACAUUAUCGACCUUUACUCUUUUUUGCAGUAUACAUUAUGCGACCAUUACCCUUUUUUUUUGCAGUAUACAUUAUGCGACCAUUACCCUUUUUUGCAGUAUACAUUAUCACGACCAUUACCCUUUUUUGCAGUAUACAUUAUACAUUACUCUUUUUUGCGAGUAUACAUUACCCUUUUUUACUCUUUUUUUAGUAUACAUUAUCGACCUUUACUCUUUUUUUGCAGUAUACAUUAUCGACCAUUACCCUUUUUUUGCGGUAUACGUUAUGCGACCUUUACUCUUUUUUUGCGGUAUACAUUAUCGACCUUUACUCUUUUUUGCAGUAUACAUUAUGCGACCUUUACCCUUUUUUGCAGUAUACAUUAUGCGACCAUUACCCUUUUUUUUGCAGUAUACAUUAUGGAAUUUACUCUUUUUUGCAGUAUACAUUCGACCAUUACCUUUUUUGCAGUAUACAUUAUCCAUUUACCAUUACCCUUUUUGCAGUAUACAUUAUGCGACCUUUACUCUUUUUUGCAGUAUACAUUAUGCGACCUUACUCUUUUUUGCAGUAUACAUUAUGCGACCAUUACCCUUUUUUUUAAGUAUACAUUAUGCGACCAUUACCCUUUUUUUUGCAGUAUACAUUAUGCGACCAUUACCCUUUUUUUUUAUGCGGUAUACAUUAUGCGACCAUUACCUUUUUUGCAGUAUACAUUAUGCGACCAUUACCUUUUUUGCAGUAUACAUUAUGCGACCUUUACUCUUUUUUGCAGUAUACAUUAUGCACCUUUUACUCUUUUUUGCAGUAUACAUUAUGCCCUUUACUUUUUUUUUUUGCAGUAUACAUUAUGCGACCAUUACCCUUUUUUUGCAGUAUACAUUAUGCGACCAUUACCCUUUUUUUGCAGUAUACAUUAUGCGACCUUUACUCUUUUUUUUGCAGUAUACAUUAUGCGACCUUUACUCUUUUUUUUGCAGUAUACAUUAUGCGACCAUUACCCUUUUUUUGCAGUAUACAUUAUGCGACCAUUACUCUUUUUUUUGCAGUAUACAUUAUGCGACCAUUACCCUUUUUUUGCAGUAUACAUUAUGCGACCAUUAUUUUUUUUGCAGUAUACAUUAUGCGACCUUACCCUUUUUUGCAGUAUACAUUAUGCGACCAUUACCCUUUUUUUUUGCAGUAUACAUUAUGCGACCUUUUACUCUUUUUUUUUUUGCAGUAUACAUUAUGCGACCUUUACUCUUUUUUUUUUGUAUACAUUAUGCGACCAUUACCCUUUUUUGCAGUAUACAUUAUGCGACCAUUACCCUUUUUUGCAGUAUACAUUUACCCUUUUUUGCAGUAUACAUUAUGACCUUUUUCUCUUUUUUUUGCAGUAUACAUUAUGCGACCAUUACCCUUUUUUGCAGUAUACAUUAUGCGACCUUUACUCUUUUUUUUUUUGCAGUAUACAUUAUGCGACCUUUUUACUCUUUUUUUGCAGUAUACAUUAUGCGACCAUUUUUUUGCGACCAUUACCCUUUUUUGCAGUAUACAUUAUCGACCAUUACUCUUUUUUUUGCAGUAUACAUUAUGCGACCAUUUACUCUUUUUUUUGCAGUAUACAUUAUGCGACCAUUACCCUUUUUUUUUUUUGCAGUAUACAUUAUGCGACCUUUUACUUUUUUGCAGUAUACAUUAUGCGACCUUUGCUCGACCUUUUUUUUUUUUGCAGUAUACAUUAUGCGACCAUUACCCUUUUGCAGUAUACAUUAUGCGACCAUUACCCUUUUUUUUUGCAGUAUACAUUAUGCGACCAUUACCCUUUUUUUGCAGUAUACAUUAUGACCUUUACUCUUUUUUGCAGGUAUACAUUAUGCGACCUUUACCCUUUUUUGCAGUAUACAUUAUCGACCUUUACUCUUUUUUUUUGGUAUACAUUAUGCGACCUUUACUCUUUUUUUGCAGUAUACAUUAUGCGACCAUUACCCUUUUUUUGCAGUAUACAUUAUGCGACCUUUACUCUUUUUUUGCAGUAUACAUUAUGCGACCUUUACUCUUUUUUUUGCAGUAUACAUUAUGCGACCAUUACCCUUUUUUUGCAGUAUACAUUAUGCGACCAUUACCCUUUUUUUGCAGUAUACAUUAUGCGACCAUUACCCUUUUUUUGCAGUAUACAUUAUGCGACCAUUACCCUUUUUUUGCAGUAUACAUUAUGCGACCUUUACUCUUUUUUUUGCAGUAUACAUUAUGCGACCUUUACUCUUUUUUUGCAGUAUACAUUAUGCGACCUUUACUCUUUUUUUUGCAGUAUACAUUAUGCGACCAUUACCCUUUUUUUUUUUUGGUAUACAUUAUGCGACCAUUACCCUUUUUUGCAGUAUACAUUAUGCGACCAUUACCCUUUUUUGCAGUUAUACAUUAUGCGACCUUUACUCUUUUUUUUGCAGUAUACAUUAUGCGACCUUUACUCUUUUUUUUGCAGUAUACCGACCUUACCUUUUUUGCAGUAUACAUUAUGCGACCUUUACCUUUUUUGCAGUAUACAUUAUGCGACCAUUACCCUUUUUUUGCAGUAUACAUUAUGCGACCAUUACUCUUUUUUUUGCAGUAUACAUUAUGCGACCAUUACCUUUUUUUUUGCAGUAUACAUUAUGCGACCUUUACCCUUUUUUUUUUUUUUGUAUACAUUAUGCGACCUUUACUCUUUUUUUUGCAGUAUACAUUAUGCGACCAUUACCCUUUUUUUGCAGUAUACAUUAUGCGACCAUUACCCUUUUUUUUCAGUAUACAUUAUGCGACCAUUACCCUUUUUUUUACAGUAUACAUUAUGCGACCAUUCCCCUUUUUUUGAAGUAUACAUUAUGCGACCAUUACCUUUUUUUUGCAGUAUACAUUAUGACCAUUUACCAUUUUUUUUUUUUUUUGCAGUAUACAUUAUGCGACCAUUACCCUUUUUUUUUUGCAGUAUACAUUAUGCGACCUUUACUCUUUUUUUUUUUGUAUACAUUAUGCGACCAUUACCUUUUUUUUGCAGUAUACAUUAUGCGACCUUUUUUUUUUUUUUUUUUUUUUAUACAUUACCUUUUUUUUUGCAGUAUACAUUAUGCGACCAUUACCCUUUUUUGCAGUAUACAUUAUGCGACCUUUACUUUUUUUUUGCAGUAUACAUUAUGCGACCAUUACCCUUUUUUGCAGUAUACAUUAUGCGACCUUUUUUUUACUCUUUUUUUUGCAGUAUACAUUAUGCGACCUUUACCUUUUUGCAGUAUACAUUUUUACUUUUUUUUUGCAGUAUACAUUAUGCGACCAUUACCCUUUUUUUGCAGUAUACAUUAUGCGACCAUUACUUUUUUUUGCAUACAUUAUCGCGAUCCAUUACUUUUUUUGCAGUAUACAUUAUGCGACCUUUACUCUUUUUUUUUUUUGCAGUAUACAUUAUGCGACCAUUACCCUUUUUUUUGCAGUAUACAUUAUUAUGCGACCAUUACCCUUUUUUUUGCAGUAUACAUUAUGCGACCAUUACCCUUUUUUUUGCAGUAUACAUUAUGCGACCUUUACUUCUUUUUUGCAGUAUACAUUAUGCGACCUUUACUCUUUUUUUGCAGUAUACAUUAUCAUUCGUCAUUACCCUUUUUGCAGUAUACAUUAUGCACCUUUAUCACAUUAUGACCAUUACUCUUUUUUUGCAGUAUACAUUAUGCGACCUUUACCCUUUUUUUUGCAGUAUACAUUAUGCGACCAUUACCCUUUUUUGCAGUAUACAUUAUGCGACCUUUACUCUUUUUUGCAGUAUACAUUAUGCGACCUUUACUCUUUUUUGCAGUAUACAUUAUGCGACCUUUUACUUUUUUUUGCAGUAUACAUUGUGCGACCAUUACCCUUUUUUGCAGUAUACAUUAUGCGACCUUUACCCUUUUUUUGCAGUAUACAUUAUGCGACCUUUACUUUUUUUUUGCCCAUUUUUUUUUUUUGCAGUAUACAUUAUGCGACCUUUACCCUUUUUUUUUUUUUUGCAGUAUACAUUAUGCGACCAUUACCCUUUUUUUUGCAGUAUACAUUAUGCGACCAUUACCUUUUUUGCAGUAUACAUUAUGCGACCUUUACUCUUUUUUUACCAGUAUACAUUAUGCGACCUUUACUCUUUUUUUUGCAGUAUACAUUAUGCGACCUUUACUCUUUUUUUUGCAGUAUACAUUAUGCGACCAUUACCCUUUUUUUUGCAGUAUACAUUAUGCGACCAUUACCCUUUUUUUGCAGUAUACAUUAUGCGACCUUUACUCUUUUUUUGCAGUAUACAUUAUGCGACCAUUACUCUUUUUUUGCAGUAUACAUUAUGCGACCUUUACUCUUUUUUUGCAGUAUACAUUAUGCGACCUUUACUCUUUUUUUUGCAGUAUACAUUAUGCGACCAUUACCCUUUUUUUGCAGUAUACAUUAUGCGACCUUUACCCUUUUUUUGCAGUAUACAUUAUGCGACCUUUACUCUUUUUUUGCAGUAUACAUUAUGCGACCUUUACUCUUUUUUUUGCAGUAUACAUUAUGCGACCAUUACCCUUUUUUUGCAGUAUACAUUAUGCGACCUUUACUCUUUUUUUGCAGUAUACAUUAUGCGACCUUUACCUUUUUUUUGGUAUACAUUAUGCGACCUUUACUCUUUUUUUGCAGUAUACGUUAUGCGACCUUUACUUUUUUUUUGCAGUAUACAUUAUGCGACCAUUACCCUUUUUUUUUGCAGUAUACAUUAUGCGACCAUUACCUUUUUUUGCAGUAUACAUUAUACGACCAUUACUCUUUUUUUUGCAGUAUACAUUAUGCGACCAUUACCCUUUUUUUUUGCAGUAUACAUUAUGCGACCAUUACCCUUUUUUUACAGUAUACAUUAUGCGACCAUUUACCCUUUUUUUUUGCAGUAUACAUUAUGCGACCAUUACCCUUUUUUGCAGUGUACAUUAUCACUUUACUUUUUUUUUGCAGUAUACAUUAUGCGACCAUUACUCUUUUUUUUGCAGUAUACAUUAUGCGACCAUUACCCUUUUUUUGCAGUAUAUUACCCUUUUUUUUUUUGCAGUAUACAUUAUGCGACCAUUACCUUUUUUUUUGCAGUAUACAUUAUGCGACCUUUUUUUUUUUUGCAUAUACAUUUGCACCAUACAUUUUUUUGCAGCGACCUUUACUCUUUUUGCAGUAUACAUUAUGCGACCUUUACUUUUUUUUGCAGUAUACAUUAUGCGACCUUUACUCUUUUUUUUUUUUUGCAGUAUACAUUAUCGACCAUUACCUUUUUUUGCAGUAUACAUUAUGCGACCAUUACCCUUUUUUUGCAGUAUACAUUAUGCGACCAUUACCCUUUUUUUGCAGUAUACAUUAUGCGACCUUUACUCUUUUUUUUGCAGUAUACAUUAUGCGACCAUUACCCUUUUUUUGCAGUAUACAUUAUGCGACCAUUACCCUUUUUUUGCAGUAUACAUUAUGCGACCAUUACCCUUUUUUUUUUGCAUAUACAUUAUGCGACCUUACUCUUUUUUUUGCAGUAUAAAUUAUGCGACCUUUACUCUUUUUUUGCAGUAUACAUUAUGCGACCAUUACUCUUUUUUUUGUAUACAUUAUGCGACCAUUACCCUUUUUUUUUUUGCAGUAUACAUUAUGCGACCAUUACCCUUUUUUUUUUGCAGUAUACAUUAUGCGACCAUUACCCUUUUUUUGCAGUAUACAUUAUGCGACCAUUACCCUUUUUUGCAGUAUACAUUAUGCGAUACAUUACUUUUUUUUUUUUUUUGCAGUAUACAUUAUGCGACCUUUACUCUUUUUUUUUGCAGUAUACAUUAUGCGACCUUUACCCUUUUUUUUUUUUUAUAUGCAGUAUACAUUAUGCGACCAUUACCCUUUUUUUUGCAGUAUACAUUAUGCGACCAUUUACUUUUUGCAGUAUACAUUAUGCGACCAUUACCCUUUUUUUUUUUGCAGUAUACAUAUACAUUAUGCGACCAUUACCCUUUUUUGCAGUAUACAUUAUGCGACCUUUACUCUUUUUUUUAAGUAUACAUUAUGCGACCAUUACCCUUUUUUUUUUUCAGUAUACAUUAUGCGACCAUUACCCUUUUUUUGCAGUAUACAUUAUGCGACCUUUACUCUUUUUUUUGCAGUAUACAUUAUGCGACCUUUACUCUUUUUUUGCAGUAUACAUUAUGCGACCAUUACCCUUUUUUUUGCAGUAUACAUUAUGCGACCAUUACCCUUUUUUUUGCAGUAUACAUUAUGCGACCAUUACCCUUUUUUUGCAGUAUACAUUAUGCGACCAUUACCCUUUUUUUGCAGUAUACAUUAUGCGACCUUUACUCUUUUUUUUGGUAUACAUUAUGCGACCAUUACCCUUUUUUGCAGUAUACAUUAUGCGACCUUUACUCUUUUUUUUGCAUAUACAUUAUGACGACCAUUACCCUUUUUUUGCACCUUUUACAUUAUGCGACCAUUACCCUUUUUUUUAUACAUUAUGCGACCAUUCCCUUUUUUGCAGUAUACAUUAUGCGACCAUUACCCUUUUUUGCAGUAUACAUUAUGCGACCAUUACCCUUUUUUGCAGUAUACAUUAUGCGACCUUCUUUUUUUUGCAGUACAUUAUGCGACCUUUUUUUUUUUUUGCGACCAUUGACCCUUACUUUUUUUUUGCAGUAUACAUUAUGCGACCAUUACCCUUUUUUUUUUGCAGUAUACAUUAUGCGACCAUUACCCUUUUUUGCAGUAUACAUACAUUAAUCGACCAUUACCAUUUUUUUUUGCAGUAUACAUUAUGCGACCUUUACCUUUUUUUUUUUGCACAUUAUCCCUUUACUCUUUUUUUUCAGUAUACAUUAUGCGACCAUUACCCUUUUUUUUGCAGUAUACAUUAUGCGACCAUUACCCUUUUUUUUUUGUAG